AUGUCGCCAAUUAAAAGUGGCACAUCAUACUGGUUCUGGGUGCAAGGUGGUAAUUUGGAGUCGGCCAAAAUUUCAAUAAGUCUAGGUAAGAAAUAAUGAUCAAUAUUGUGAAAAAUAUCACAUUUCUUCAGUUGAAUCAGAGCAGAAAAUCGAUUUUUUUUCGAAAUUCGACAGAAAGAAGCAAAACAUUGUCGUGUUGUAUUGUGUUUCUCACUGUGAGGGUCAAAAUCUCUCGAUUAAAAUCGAUUUCGGAAAAAAUCAAUUUUCAACAUUAUUGGCAAUCAACGAUUCUCAAGAAGACAACGAAGAAAAUUCGACAAUGGAUCGAACAAUUAGAGAAUUGGUGAGUUGAACAUUUUUCGAGAAAUUUUGAAUCGGAGAACCAUAGGAAUCGGGCCAGGUCCGAUUACUAUUGAAAAAAUGUCACCUUGGUUCGAAUCAAAAACCCUUCAAAAUCAGGCCCGAUUCCUAUGGUCCGAUUCAAAAACUGUAAGACUACAAAAAAUUUUAUCGCAAAAAUAAAGAAAAGUAAAACCACCGAGAGGUUUUUAUCCUGAAGCGCAGAGAGGAAUAAUCAUUUUUCUCAUUCUCGCAAUAAAUUUGAGUCUUGCAGCAAACCCCCAUUGGAAAAAUCACUCAAGCGAUUUACCAUCGAUUUCCUCAUUCAAUUGCCAAAAUGUUACGACAUCAACGCAGUAAGUUAAUUAUCAAAAAGCGCAAAACCGGCUUGUGCACCAAGUCAGUUCAUUCUGGAACCUCCCAUGUGAGCUCAGGAAAUUUUAAACUCUGGGAAUUGAAUUUCAGAUUGGAAGACAAUGGUGCCGUAGAAAAUGAAGAAGCGGGUGAACCGAAACCGAAACUACAAAAGGUAUGGCAUGGUAAAAAUAAUACGUUUUAGAAUGUAGUGCAAAUAAAUAUUGGUAUUAUUGAAUAA